GAACAACACAGCUAGUUAUUAAUAAGACCUUUCUGCUUCAGUUCUCUUUUCAGCAUUCAAGGACACUGAAUUUCAAACCUUCGGAGAUGACAGACUCACUUUUUACCUCUUCUUGAAUGGUUUUGUGACCAAAAUAAUGGCCUAUUAUUGACACAGAUGCAGUACUUCAUUUCAUUUUCUCUUUAUUUUAACCCAAAGCAUUGCAAUAUUGAAAGCAUAGGCUCACAAAGGCAAACUCAAGUUUCUUAAAUUAGUACUGAAGAUCAUCAUGGAAACAUCUUCAGUAGGCCAAGCCCCCAACGCUUCUAACAACCUGGCGGAGAUGCACAUUUUCCAGUACUACCUCUUCCCACCAGUGUACAGCGUGGUCUUGUUUUUUGGGUUAAUAGGAAAUCUGGGAGCUUUGUACUACUACAUUUUCAAAAUAAAACAAAAGUCUCCUUCGAACGUGUACAUCAUCAACCUAGCUGUGGCCGACACACUUUUCUUGUGCAUUCUGCCAUUUCGUAUCCACUAUCAUUUGAACUACAGCAACUGGAUAUUUGGCGUAGCCAUGUGCCGUAUUACAGGCACGAUCUUUUUCGCCAACAUCUACAUCAGCAUAACCUUCAUGACCUGUAUCUGCGUAGACCGCUACAUCGCAACCGUUCACCCUCACACCUACUUACAACUUCGCAACACAAGUCUGAGUGUGCUGGUGAGCACCGCUGUGUGGUUGGUGUCUGGAGCGGCAAUGUUGGCCUUCUUGUUAACGUGCCCGUUGUCAGCUGAAGGGGAAAAGUGCUUUGAAAACUUCACUGCGAAAGAGUGGAGCAAGAACUUGGCACCCUACAGCGCCUGCAGUCUUGUUUUUGGAUCUCUGCUGCCCUCUGUGGUCAUCCUGGUGUGCUACCCCAUCGUGGCAAAUCGCAUUGCACGAAUUCAAAAUAAAACAGCACGUGGGGCACGGAGGAUUAUCUAUGCCAUUCUAGCUAUAACAAUUCUCUGUUUCCUACCUUAUCAUAUAGUGCAUUUAGUACACCUACUGUCGCGCACGGGUUGGAUCCCCGAAGGGCCCUGGAAUGAAAACAUUAACAUCGCCCGCAGAGUGACCAUGGCUCUAGUCAGUCUAAAUAGCCUCUUGGACCCAGUGUUGUACUACUUUGCCACGGGCCACUACAAAUGGAGGCUAAGAGCACUGAGGUUCAAAAGGAAAAAGGGGGUUUAUUCCAUUUCCAAUCAUUUUUGACUUGGUCCGAUGACCUAAAAAUGCUUUCAAUUUAAAUUCUUACCAAACAAUAUUUUUUGAACGCUGUGUGCUAGGAUGUAAAAUGCUGGUGAAGAUAAAGUGAAGGCAGUAAAGGAAAUGCACAUUAUAUAAGUUGAACUCAAUCAACAGCAAUUGUGACGUAAUGUUGAUUACUAUGAAAGGUUAUUUUGGCCAGUCCAAAAACAUUAUAAUAAACACUGUUUUAAAAGUAUAGCCACAAGACAUUAACAUUAUAUGUGUUAACAUAUAAUGGGGGGGUUGGCAUGCCCAAUUUCCAAUGUGCUCUAGGUCCUCGUGGUGGCAUACUAGUGACUCGCCUCAAUCCGGGUGGCGGAGGAAGAAUCUCAGUUUCUUCAGAGUCUGAGACCGUCAAUCCAUGCAUCUAAUCAUGUGACUUGUUGUGCGCGUUACUGCCGAGACAUAGUGCGUGUGGAGGUUUCACACUACUCUCCGUGGCAUCCACGCACAACUAGCCACAAGCCCCACAGAUCGCGAGAUCCGAAUUAUAGCGACCAUGAGGAGGUUAACCCAACGUGACUCUACCCACCCUAGCAACUGGGCCAAGUGGUUGCUUAGGAAGAAUGACUGGAUCACUCAGUACACCUUGGAUUUGAACUUUCGACUCCAGGUGUGGUAGUCAGCGUCAAUACUCGCGGAGCUACCCAGCCCCCCCCAGUGGCUAUACUUUUUAAACAGUGUGUAUUUUAAUGUUUAUGGACUGGCCCAAUUAAUUUCCAUUGUAAAUGCCUUACUUACUUACAAGAACAAUUUUCACUGUAUUUUUUUUUUUUAGCUUAACUUGAAUUGAACACAAAACAUUUCUUUAAGAACAUGUGAAGAAUAUAUGCAAAUAUAUUUUUAUUAUCACAAUACAAAAGCUUUUUGCACCAAAAAUGCUGUAUUUUUUAAUAAAAUGCAAUUUUUUGUGUUUAACUGUACCUUUUUGUAUGCAAAAUCAAGAAAUAAAUA